UCCAAAAUCUCCUUUUAGUCUCGACAUGGCUUGCCAAAAGGCUCUUUUCGAGAAGCAAAUUCUCGACUUGUAUAACCAAAUCUCCAAUCUCGAGAGCCUUAAACCUUCCAAAAAUGUCGACACUUCAUUCCAACAGCUCAUGUCCAUAUGCUUGCCCACAGAGACAAACAUCGACGUCGAGAAGUUGUGCCCAAAAGUCCAAAACAUCAGAACGAAUCUCAUCAAACUACGUAGUGAAGCUAUAGGGUAUUCAGAGCAAUACUUCUCUACAGUCUUGGGAUCUCUCGAAGACAACCCGCUUCGCCAUUUAGAUCUCUACCCUUACUACACCAACUACCUCAAACUGAGCAAGGUCGAGUUUGAUCUCCUCACGCUACACACGAGCCAUGUCCCAACCAAGAUCGCGUUCGUUGGUUCCGGUUCGUUGCCCUUCACAUCCAUCAUCUUAGCUAAGUUCCACCUCCUAAACACGACGUUCCACAACUUUGACAUCGACCCUCAAGCCAAUUCCCUCGCCUACCAACUUGUCUCACGUGAUCCUGAUCUUUCCAGUCGCAUAAUCUUUCACACAAUGGAUGUACUCAACGCCACGGACAUUCUCCGUGACUACGAGGUUGUUUUCUUGGCAUCUCUUGUUGGGGUUGAUAAAGAAGCAAAAUUCAAAGUCAUUGAACACUUGGAGAAACACAUGGCUCCUGGAGCUCUUCUCAUGCUUAGGAGUGCUAAAGGCCUUAGAGCGUUCCUGUAUAUAGACGUUGAUCCUUGUGAUCUAAGAGGUUUUGAGGUCUUGGAGACUUAUCACCCGUCGUUGUCAGAUGGGUUUGUGAACUCGGUUAUGGUCGCACGCAAACUCAGCGAUUGAUUUAUUUCGAGCGGUGUAUAUUGGAACUUGAUCGGUGCUGAUCUUUUUUAUUUAUUAAAAAUGAUUGUUAACAAACCUAAUUUCUCAAUAAAUUAUAGGUAACUGCGCUUUUUCGUUUGAACAUUGUACAUGUAACUACGUUUCUUUUUCUAAACACCAUUAGUGUGAAUGUUUGUUAGAGUAGUUUGCAUCUUAAUUUUUUUGAUAUGUUUGUUAGAGUGGUUUGUAUCUUAAUUUUUUGAUAUGUUUGAAAUAUAUUGAGA